GAGAGUGUGUGUGUAUAACUUUGGGAAACAUAGGAAGAGGCAGCAAAGGGAACAAACUUUUCUCUCUUGGCUGCUUCCAUUUGGACUUUUUCACAUUUCAUCAAAGACGUCAGUGUUGACAGAGCGGACACAAGGGAGGAUCAUUUGUUUGCUUUACUAGUUAAAGAGUUACUUUUCUGUUUUUAUGACCAGCAGAAGUUAUUUAGUUUUGUUGUUCUUUGCAUUUUUAUCUGAUUAUUGCUUCACUGUCUGAGCUUUGAAGAAGGCGUGACCACACAUCUGAAAUCCCUCCAAACUUAGCUGCAGCUCUCUCCAGCUCAUGGGAGUGUGAAACUGGACUGAGACACACACACACACACACACACACACACUCAUACACACAUAUACACACACACACACACACACACACACACACACACACACACCUGUUGUUGCUGAGGAUUCCCCAAGAGCGCAGUCAUGGGCAUCUGCGUCACUAUUGCUUGAGGGAAUCUGUGCGUCCGUGCAGCUGUUAUCUGGUGGUAGCCUCGGCGAAUGUUACAGUAGAAGUUGACCUGCCAGUCCACAGAAGAGGGGGGAGAUGUCAUCCUACUACCCACGCACCAAGGACCUGACUCGCACCAGGAAGUCACUGACAGAGUCACCGCCGUCCUCUCCGUCCCCUACAGACAAAAACUACAGACAUGACAGACUGUCAAGAUAUGACUCCAGUGGGGAGAGUGCGACAGACAAACCACUGGGCCGCACCAGCUCUUACACUCGGAGAGAGACAAGGCUGGCUGCUCUGAACAGACAGGAGCAAGACUCCACUACCAAAGACUAUAAGAAGAUGUAUGCAGAAGCUUUGCAUGAGAACGAGAAGCUAAAGUCCAGGUUGCAGGACAGCAAACAUGAACUGGCCAAGAUUCGGUCCCAGCUAGAGAAAGUCACCCAGAGGCACGACAGAAUAUCAGAGAGAUCUUCAGUACUUGAGUCAGAGAAAAGGGAAAAACAAGCUCUUGAGAAAAGAGUGUCAAACAUGGAGGAUGAGUUAAAGCAGGACGCCCCACUGCGGUUCCGCUGUGGGUACCAGCCCUGAGAGCAGGUUGUCUCAGGGGAGGGGGGAUGAUCCUAACAGAGCUCAAGUCAGACAACCAGAGGCUCAAGGAUGAGAACGGGGCUCUCAUCCGAGUCAUCAGCAAACUGUCCAAAUGAAAAAGAUGUCUGAAGCUCCUGUUCUGUGUCUGUGGACGCUCCAACCCUGAUAUGGCAGUUUAAUUAUCCAUGAUGUCCCAAGUUGUGACUCCUCUCUGAGUUAUGGUGAUGGCUGCUUUGCAGAAAUAAAUUCCAGUUGGGGACGUGUGAGGAUCCAAAGAGAAGAGUCAAAUUUCACUGUGUGCUAUGAUGGAAGUUACAACAAGUGUUGCUACAUGAUUAGUUAUUGCUAUUUUGUAAUACCAGUAUUUCACUUUAAUCAAAUAGGGACCAGUCGUACUGUUUUGAGCGACCUUUUUAAGGCCCACUUCAAACUGAUCCAGGGGUUUGCAUGAAGGUACUGUUCAUAAUAUUAUACCCACACAUCACAAUAAGUUUGUUGCUACAUAAUGCACUGCAGAAAAGUAUUUUAAUGUUUAAUUCACUUUAGAAUGGAGAUAUAUUAUGUUUUAUGAUUUCAAUCAGAAUUUAUCACCACACAGGUUAAAUGACGCCCAGCCAAGCGACAAACAGGCGGUCUGGUUCCAGAGGUAAACACUAGAUAUUGAUAUCAAGUAGGGCUGGGUAAGGGUAUCAGCCGAAAUAAGUCAGAACUACAUAGUAUUGUAAAGUUUCCAGUCAACCGAUACAUGCAUUUGAUCCUUUUCGUGCCAAUGGUCUUAUCCCGAACCAGUCUUGACUCCCUGCUGGAUCAGCAAACUUUCUGUUGCUGCCAUCUCCAGAGCCGCUCUCCUGCUAGCGAACAGUCAGUUGAAUGUCUGCCAGGUUAGAAUAAGCUAACACAGCAGCAGCGGCUUACAACCAAUACCGAGCUGUUAAAUGCCCCCACCAAACUCACUCCGAGACCGAAAUGGCUUGACUCUAUCAUUAAACCCACUGAUAACCGUGAGGUAACAAUGCUAACAGUUAGCCCCAUCACUGGUCCCCAGCAGCUACAACCCAUACAUCUGUGGUCUGGUGAAGUCGAGCACAGUGUAUUUCAUGGCGUUGGCAGUUCAGCGGGUCAAGAUGACACGAAAAUGUUUGAAAGUAUGGCUAUGCUGCUCAGAACUCUGUUGGUAUCAUUUUAUGGUUUCUGGUAUCAUAAUGUUUCAAACAAUACCUACCCAGCCCUAAUACGAAUCCACCAAGGCACCUCAGUAGCAACAACCAUCGAAGCCAGCACAGAAGUGCUGAAAGACGCACUUUUCUGACGGCAAAUAGACUAAGAAUGUAUUGACAUUAAAGAGAAACUUCUCUCAUACAUUUUUAUAUGAGCUGUGAUGUAAAACGUAUCAUUUUGAACAUUUUUACUCUAUGAUAAAGAUAUUAAGGCUCAAUAAGACGCAUGUUUUGGUUUGUGUUUGCCUCUCCCGGGUCACUUAACUGUGCCUGCUUACCUCCCUCAGUGCCUCUUAAAUUUGAUCAGUUCAAGUCCUGUUAACUUCCCUUUAGCAAACCUGCAACCCAUUUCAAACUGCUAGAAUACAUUUUUUAUGACAUUUUGAUAAUUAGAUUUUAUGAUAAACCCCACAGCAUUUAGUAUUUGAAUGCGACCGUAUUCUUGCCCUGACAGGCAAAGUACGGAGUAUAUGCACUUUGUAUAGAGUGGAUAGUGCUGAUCUUUCAUCACUAGCAGCACUUUAUUAUCUUCAGACUGGUUUCAGUUAUUAUGAUAAUGUAAUUUAGUGUUUGCCAGAUUAUGUUCAUUAGUUCUUUGUGUGGUUUCAGUAGCCAUUUUUAAUUGGUUUUUUUCCCUUUUAUAGAGGAUUUUUUAUCCAGUGGCAUCAAAACAGCAGAUCGGCUACACAAAGACAGUCCAAGUGUGUGUGAUAGAAAGUGUCCUAUGUUCUGUAAUAGAGAUAUAUUUAUUUAUUUAUGCAUUUCUUAGUUCUAAUCUUUAUACGUUUGUUUACUAUAUGUUCUUUCAAAGGAAUACACUGAUUAUUUUUGGUUGACCUCUGGGUCAUCUUACUGUUUGGUGAUGAAGAUAAACACCAAAAUAAUCCUCUGGUAGAUGUACUGUAAAUCAUUUCUGACAUUCUAGCCUCCACAGUGUUGUAUGACUUUAAAGGGACAGUUAACCACAACAUGAAAAAUACAUGUUUUUAAUUUUACCUUUAGUGCCAUUCAGUCUAGACUGUUGGUAUGAGUUGCUGAAUGCUGGACAUAUCUCCUGAAGAGAUGUCUGCCUCCUCUCGAAUGGAACUAGAUGGCACUCAGCUUGUGGUCCCCAAAACACCAAAAAAUUUUGAGAUACAUUUGAGAAACUUGACAGCAAUGUCUCUUUCCAGAAAUUAUGACCCGGAGAACUAUUUUCUUGCUCCCGAACUACACUCGCCACCUGUAUCAAAGUGCAGAAGGAAGAGUGCAUCUACUGAUAGCUCACCUAGCACCACUGAGCUAGCUAAUGUUAUAGCUCAGCUACAGAGGAUGCCAUUAAUGUUUACAUCUCGUUAUGUCAUGAGCACAAAUGUCCGGGAGUCCGUCCUUCUGCACGGUGAUACAGUUGGCAGGUGUAGCUCAGUAGAAAGGAAACGGUUUAUUAUGUACACCUGGCUACAGCUUACACAGUCCAAUUCUACAGCCCUGUAAAAAUCCUAACUUUAUGAAGCUUUUGUUCUGGUAAUUUUGGCCAUAUUUACUGGUGCUACUUCUGUUGCAUGUUAUUAACAUUUUCUUUAAUAUUUGGGGUCUAUAAAAUGAUUGAUAAAUAUAGUGCUGCAGGUAUGACAUUUUUUUGGAGGCUGAUGCAGAAGUUAGCGUUGCCCUGGUUCUCUCGUCAGAAAGCCUAUCAGAUUUUUCCAUUGGAUUUUUAGAAUUGCACAAAAUAAACCCUGUGGCAAACACAUAUUUAUGCUACUUAAAUAUUUUGUUCAGCUAGAUUAUCUUCACAAAUGAGCAAAGCGUUGGAGUGCUAACAGUGGAUCUGUCUGUAGUCGCAGUACAGACCUGUGCACAUUACGUCCAGAACUGAGCAAGGCACUAUUUGAUGGUGUAAUCAAUGUCUGUUCGGCGAAAUAUACCAUAGCCCCGUGUUAUUGCAAUGGAUAGUAUUAAAGCAUUAAAGUGUUUAUUGAAUCGUUGAUGUCUUUAAUCUCCAUUAAAGCAGCAGCACAUUUGAUGAAGUGAAGGGUUUAUAACUUCCUGUGGAAUGCUGUUUAUUUCUAAAUAGAGUGAGACGCAUUCACAGUAGCUACAUGCAUAUCAAAGAGGGAAUCGAACUAAAGGAUGCAGGAUACCAUGACGACGCUCUGUAGUCUCAUAUAGCCACAACCACCUAAUUUGCAACACAUAAAAGCAUCACAAUUUACUGACAUAUUUUAUGUCAUAGAACAAAAUGUUAAAGUCUCUUAAGCUUGUGUUAACCACAGACCUUAUUUCAAGCAUCUAAGCAAAGACCCAUUGACUUUAAGACGAGGAAAGCGGGGGUGCUAAAAUGCUAACUCAUUUCCAGGGCUUAGGACUCAUUCCUGCAGAAAGUCUACUACUUUACAUGAGAAAUAUGAAUAAAACCACCACAGAGGCUGCUGCCUUGUAGUGGUUCUUCUGAGACUACAUGGUGUGCAUCACCUUCACUAUACUCCAAAGGAAUACAGAGAAAAGGCAGAUAAAGUCAUCCCUGCUGCAAAACAGUGUGCUAUUUAUGUAUCUUAUCAUAUCUAAUACAGACUCAGCCUCACAUUUUCAUUAAUAUUCCUCUACCUGUAGCGCGAUGAAUGAUGCGUCUGAGACAUGAAUGAUUUCGGUGUCUGUCUUCUCUUCACUUUAACAGAUGAGUUGACCAAAGUCCCCAGUGUUUGAUGUAUUCCUUUAAAAACAUGAUGGUUUUGGCGUCCAACCAGGGCAGCGUGCUGUAACACCAGUGUUAUCUUUGGUCACUUUUACUUUAAACUACAAAUAAGAUACAGCUGUUUCCAUACUGGCUGUAGGUAUAUUGAACUAUGCAGUGUAUUGUAUUGAUGAUGUUUGUAAUGUGUUGAUGAUAGCUUAAUAUACGCACAUUGGUUUACUCACUUUGCUUAAUAAACUGUAAAGGAAUGGAAAUG